GUGUCGGACAUCCCUCGUAAUCGAUAUUUGCGUCACCCAUGCACUCGGAUCCAUCUCUCUUCGUACACCCCCUUUCCCUUGCGCUGCUUUUUAUGGAUGCACACAACUUGGGAAGUUGGCUCCGUUUUCUGGAAUGCAGCGUUUGGUUGUGCAAUUGUCUUUUGCGCGGGGAGCUUGAUGUAAGCCUACUGUGAGAUCCCCUAUUGCAAUUGAGUUUCUGGGGAACUGUUUGAGGGGCAACAUGAAAAUGCUGCCACUGCAGAGUAGAUACUACAUUUGCUAUUUUACUUUUUGUUAGACGUCACGGCAUACUUAGUUCGGAUAGCACUUACUCCGACUAUGUAUUACAUAACUUAGCAGUUGCCAACUUCAAUCAACUACCGAUUGCUACUAGUACUGCGGCCAAUUGAGAUACUGCCAUGUCAUGCGCGCCUGUAUGUGGUGGGGCAUUUGAAAGUAUUCCAAUCAUUGAUCUAGAGGAUGCGUUUAGCGAAGAUGAAGCUCUACGACGUGCCCUAGCACAACACAUUCGAAUGGCGUGUAUGGAUGUUGGAUUCUUUUAUGUCAAGAACCAUGGCAUAUCACAGCACUGUCUUGACGAAGUCCUGAGAGUGAACAAGGAGUAUUACUCGCUUCCAGCUGAGGAAAAGAUGAAACUUCAUCAUAAGACAGUACCAAAUUUCAAAGGCUAUAGCCCUCCAUUGGAAGCAAACAUCCAACCAGGGAACAAGGGCGACUUACAUGAGGGUUUUCGCAUCGGCUGGGAAGAUAAAUCUCGGGAUACGGUCGUUCAAAAUACUUCUCGCGAUGGCGUGAUGGCAGGUGCGAAUGUCUGGCCGGAUACACCUGAAGAUUUUAGAACCGUUUGCAUGAAUUAUUAUCACGCUGCCCUUGCCGUCGGAAAGAAGUUGUUUUGCCUCUUUGCGCUGGCGCUCGACCUGCCCGAAACGUAUUUCAAUGACAAGACCGUGCAUUCGGCCGCUACCAUGCGUACCCUCCACUAUCCGCCUCAGCCAGAUGCUCCAGACGAUAAGAUACUGGGAAUCGGAGCUCACACCGACUUUUGUUUCACGAUUCUCUGGCAACAAACAGGUCUUGAGGCUCUCCAAGUUCUGAACUCUUGUGAACAGUGGAUCAACGUACCACCGCUGCCAGGAACCCUUGUUAUCAAUCUUGGAGAUCAGUUUGCGCGUUGGACAAACGACAUUUUCAGGUCUACCGUGCAUCGAGCUGUCAACAAGAACAUUAUUGAUCGGUAUUCCAUCGCACUAUUCUUCGGCACUGACUAUGAGCCAAUCUACACCUGCGUGACAGCUGAAAGACCAGCGACAUACCCGGCCAUCACUGCUGGAGAGUACGUAAAGCAACGAUUGACGGCCAUGUAUAAUAAGUAGAUGGGUUAAGGUUUAGUGGGGGAAUCAAGUUGUUGGAUUUCAAAUGGUGACGAAAUGACACGUAUAUGCGUGAAAUUAUAUAUUAUUUUGGCUUAUGGAAAGUCGACCAUUAUAAUUACAAGUAUGCUAACUACUAUUGGAGCAUUUCGAUGAUUAGUACAAGUAACUCGGAGCUUUAUCUUAUCUCGUUCGGGACAAU